GGUGUCUGGAAGCAAAUUCAAAGUUUAACAAAACAAUAUGUACAACAUUACCGCCAUUUAUUAAUGUGGUCGGGCCCUAUAUUUGACCACAAUAACGAUGGAAUUGCUGACGAAAUAAUUAUUGGGGGAUUAAAAAAUGCUAAUAAAUUUACCCCAAUUCCUUCACAUAUUUUUUUAAUUUUGUUGCGGUGUUCCAAUUCGAGUUGGAACGGGGAAGGAAGGCAAUGUGAGGAUUUGGAACAGACAAGAACGUUGGCUUUUGUGUUGCCUAUAGUUGAGAAGGAUUUGAAUUGUUUGGUAGGUUUUUAGAGGGGGGAAUGGUGGUUGGGAGAGGCCGCAGAAGAAAGAAAAUUGUCGGUAAGACCCCUGAAUCAGGGAUAUGCGCCAAAAAUUUUUCAUGGCGCGCCAAACGCAAACGCCAAAAAUAGGCUAAAAAUGGACGC